UUCAAAUCUACCACUCUCUUUCUCAUUUUUGUAUAACAAAACAAAACUUCACCAAAAAAUUUAAACUUCAUUUCCCUCUCUCAAAAACCCUAACAAAUCCUCACCACAAUCCUUCUCCGGCCAAAUCUCCUCCAUGACAGCCGUUCUCCCGCCGCCGGGAUCCGGCCGCGAACUCUCAAAUCCACCGAACGACGGAAUCUCAAAUCUCCGCUUCUCUAACCACAGCGAUCACCUCCUCGUUUCCUCCUGGGACAAGACUGUGAGAUUAUAUGAUGCAAGUUCAGAUACAUUAAAAGGAGAGUUUAUGCACGGCGCAGCUGUUCUUGAUUGCUGCUUCCAUGAUGAUUCUUCCGGUUUUAGUGCCUGCGGUGAUAAUACCGUGCGCCGGCUGCUUUUUAACUCUGGCAAGGAAGAUAUUUUGGGAAAGCAUGAAGAACCUGUUCGUUGUAUUGAGUACUCUUAUGCAGCUGGACAAGUCAUCACUGGUAGCUGGGAUAGAACAUUGAAGUGUUGGGAUCCUAGAGGAGCAAGUGGACAAGAUCGCACUCUUGUAGGCACAUAUAAACAACCUGAGCGAGUUUAUUCUUUAUCUCUUGUUGGAAAUCGUUUAGUAGUAGCUACUGCAGGAAGACAUGUAAAUAUAUAUGAUUUGCGGAAUAUGUCUCAACCUGAGCAACGGAGGGAAUCGUCAUUGAAAUAUCAAACUCGAUGCGUGCGCUGUUAUCCCAAUGGAACAGGAUAUGCUCUUAGUUCAGUCGAGGGAAGGGUUGCAAUGGAGUUCUUUGAUCUUUCAGAGGCUAGUCAAUUGAAAAAAUAUGCGUUUAAGUGUCAUCGAAAAUCAGAAGCUGGAACGGACAUUGUAUAUCCAGUAAAUGCUAUUGCAUUUCACCCUGUCUAUGGUACAUUUGGAACCGGAGGCUGUGAUGGCUUUGUUAACAUAUGGGAUGGGAAUAACAAAAAGAGGCUUUACCAGUACACUAAAUACCCAUCGAGUAUUGCUGCACUGUCCUUUAGCAGGGAUGGUCGUCUAUUGGCCGUGGCAUCAAGCUAUACUUUCGAAGAGGGAUUAAAACCCCACGAACCCGAUGCCAUUUUCGUACGCAAUGUAAACGAAAUUGAAGUGAAGCCAAAACCGAAAGUAUUGCCUCCAGCAUGAUCCAUCUCUGAAAUCGCCUCUAAAACGGUGUUUUGAAAUCUCAAUACGUAGUUAUGUCGAUAUGUGCUGAUACAUUGUGGAGCUUCAUUUCUCUUAUGAAGCUAGCUAAACUUGAUGUAAAGACUGCUUAAAUUUAGUUAGAAUUCUUUCUCCCCAUUUUUCUCUUUAGCUCUACGUUAUCAUAAUCAAUUAAAAGUUGAAAUAUGUUGGAUUGUGGAUAUAAUAUUCCAUGUUAAAAAAUGUAUAUAUGCAUCCAUGUUUUUCUUCUA